AUGUCAGGUGUUGAUGAACAUGAUGCAAGUGUGAAUAAUGACAUGAGUAAAUUUAAUUUAGGUUUUUAUGAAAGUAGUAUUGAACUUUGGAGAGUUCAAGAAAAGUGUCGUUUAAAAGUAAAAAGUAUUAAAGAAAUCGAACAUUCUACUCAACAAGUCACUGUGGAAAAUGAAUGGAUUGAAAAACAAUUGCAUGAUACUAAAUCAAGAAUAAAUGAAGUUAGAGAAAAUAUAGUGAGUAUUGACAACAUUAAUAUCGCUCUUAAUGAAACAUUAGCUCAUCUUGAAAUUCAAUAUGAAAAGAAAAAAUUCACAGUAAAUAAAUCAAAAUGUGAAUAUGAAUUACAGCUAUUUAUAAGAAUGGAAUUGUGGCAAAAAGAAGAGGAACGACUAAAUAAUAUACCUGAAGUUAAAUUAUUAAAAAUGGCUGAUUCUGAACUAAAAAACACAAAAUUAGAAUAUGAAGAGUUGCUUCUAUAUCUACAAAAUUUAGUUAAAAAGAUUGACAUAACUACAAAAGAAAAUGAUGAAAAACGGAAUAAUAUUAUCAUACAAUAUGCCAAAAUCUAUAUUGAAAUGAUGUCUUUAAAUAAAAGAGAAGAAAUCUGCAAGACUCUAUUAAGGAAACUGAAUACAGAAUAUGAGGAGAAAUGUCAUAUUAAAAAUGUACUACUUGAAACCCAAAAAAAUAAAAUUAAUAAAGUAUCGUUUUGGUCACAUACUUCUAGUAAAUUUGAACCCAAAAUGUUUGAUAUAAAACUUAGUUCGUUUGGCCAACGUCUAAACCCUAAUUUAAGUUGUUCCAGUAAUAAUAAUCAUGCCGAUUUUACUUAUGAUAAAGAUGAUAUUGAUAUCAAGAAUUCAUUUUCAAAUAAUAAACCAAAAAAAAAUGUAACUUUUGAUUCAUUUUCUGAAGAUAAGAUAACACUAGAAACAAGUGAUGAAAAUGAAGCUGCUUACAAAAACAUAAAUACAUUUUUAGUAGAAACAAACAAAAAUAUAAAUAACAAUUCUGCACAGUUAAAAAAUAUUCAAAAUGUGGAAGAGACUACCAUUCAAUGUACCAAAAAUAAUAUAAUGGAAUCAAAAGAGAUGCAUUUGAAUAACAUAGAUAAACCUAUGAAUGAUGGUGAUCUAAAUGCCCAUACUAAUAAACGUAAAACUAUUGAUGUACAGUCAGAUUUUAAAUUUAAAAAACCAUAUACUCCAGUACAAGAUAAAAAUAAGAUUAAUUCAACUAUUAUUCAACCAAGUAAAAUGAAAACAAAUCAGAAUAUUCAUAUGGAUAACAAUUUUAAUCAAGAAAAAGUUAAAGCAUUGAGUUUAUCAAUGGACAGUUAUAAUUAUGACUCAAAUCUCAUUGAUAAGGACCAUUCACAGAAAUUAAAUUCUUUGAAAUCUAUAGAACAGUCAAAUGUAAAAAAUCUUGAUUCUGAUAAUAUCAACAUCUUUAAUGAUUCAUCACAAUUACAUGUAAAUGUAUCUAAUGAACCACAAAAACCUGUAUCUGAUGAAGAGAUUUGGAACUGUUUCUCAGAUUCGAUAUCUCAAAAUAGUGCAAAUAGUAGUUUCAGUGAUUGCGAUUUACCUGAAUCAUAUGAAAAUACUCAUGAUAAUAGUGAAUCUUCAGAUAAUUUGCAAUUGCAUUUUUCAAACUAUUUUAAGAAUGACUUAGAUGUAACUCCUGAAUCAAAUUUCCAAGGAUUAGAAACACCACAACAAUUUGGAAAUGCUAUGCUUCAACCUUUACAAAAUGAGUCGCUUAAAAAAAUGAAUACUAAUAAAAAUGUAUCUAUGAACAGAACAACAUCCAAAGCAUCUAAAGAUUAUAUUAUCAUACCUAAUAAAUCAGAUUCUGUGCCAUCUGAGCAAUUUACAUUCAACUUUAAAUAA